AGAAGGUUAAAUUGAGUGAAACAGUUCUUCAAGUGACGCUCCCAAAGUGAACAGUCCAACCUAACCGGACCACUAUGUACAAGUCAACCGUAGUGUUUGCUCUCCUGUGUGGCGUGGCCCUCAGCAUGGCCUAUCCCUAUCCACAGCACGCAUUCAUGUACUACCGGAACGCAUACCCAAUGAUGGGCUUGCCGCUGCUCCAGCAGAGCGCCAUGUAUCAGCAGGCAAUGUACCAGCACCAGCGGUUACGCAGCCACCGCCGGUCGGCCACGAGCGGUGUGGCAGCGUUCGCCUCCGGAGAUGACAUCGCCACUGGGACACUGCUAAAGACCGAUUGCCGACCUCCAGCUGAUCCGGUGGCACCCGCGGUUCAGUCGUUUGCCGAUGCCUAUCCUGCUGAAGCGUCACCCGAAAAUGAUAUCCCUUACGGAGACGAAGGAGAUCUGUUGGCUGAUCCGGGAGCAAGCAGCGUAGGCAGUGCGUUCGAUGGAGCGUCGGUUGUGGACGAUACCGGACUGGAACCGUUGGCCCCGUCGGUCGCUGUUCCGGACAAGCAGAAGAAAAAAGUUACCACGGUACAGUUGGACUCGGCCUCGGAGGAGGAACAGGACGAUGAUGCAGGGGAAGAGCCGAGUGCGGUGAGCUUCGGAACGCGCCGGGGAAACAGCAGCAAACCCGGUGCCGCCAGCGGUGGCUCAAUGUUCCCGGUUACGUUCGGUAGCACCAACGGAGGUGCUAUCGCCAUCGCCAACAGCUACAGCACCGGCAAGGGGGGUUCGGCCACAAGCCAUGCUACCGCUUACGGAAGUCCAGCUUCCGUGCCGGAGGAUCGUCGCCGGUCCAUUGUAGCCCAGCAACAACUGCGCAGCAUCAACAGCAAUCGGCCAGCGAAGCUGCGCAACAAAUACUAG